UGGCGGAAGAAGGUGGAUGUGACGUUAGGCUGCUCAAUAUAAUCCUUGUAGGAUUUGCAUUCAUGUUUCUUUUUACAGCGUUUCAGACAGCAGGGAUGUCAGAGACUGCUGUUUUGAAGAGUGCCCGAGAAGAUUCCAAUGGAACUUUCACUGGAGAUGGUUCUAUAAGUCUAGGAGUGAUCUACGCAGUCUUUGCUGCCUGUAACUGGAUAGCGCCUCCAAUUGUCAGUGCUGUGGGACCAAAGUACACCAUGUUUAUUGGUGCCAUUCUAUAUUUUUUGUUUAUUCUGUCCUUCCUGAAGCCAAUGACCUGGGCAUUGUAUACAGGGUCAGUUUUGGUAGGACUUGGAGCGGCAAUUCUAUGGACAGCCCAGGGAAAUUUUCUUACAAUUAAUUCAGAUUCAAACACAGUUGCCAGGAACAGUGGAAUUUUUUGGGCACUUCUUCAAUGCAGCUUAUUGAUAGGAAACAUAUACAGUUAUUUCGUGCUGAAAGGGAGAGAAAAUAUUGACGAUGAUGAGAGAUUUAAAUUAUUUGCUGGCCUUAGUGGAGCUGCUUUAGUUGGUGUUCUGUUGUUUCUUACUCUACGCAACAGGCGCAACACCGACUCAGAAAACCUUAUCAAUCUGAACUCAAGUGGUGCACAAUCGGAGGGUCCAUUGUCUUCAAUCAAAAGGUCUUUUCAUCUGAUGAAAUCAAGAGAGAUGAGGUUACUGAGUGUUACCAUUGCCUACACAGGCGUGGAGUUGACUUUCUUCAGUGGUGUAUACGGCUUCUGCAUUUCCAACAACAGCCAUUUUGGUAGUGAGUCUAAAGGACUCAUUGGUAUAUCGGGCAUCUUCAUUGGUGUUGGAGAAAUUCUGGGUGGUGCUAUGUUUGGACUGUUUGGGAAGAGAACAAAUAAAUAUGGACGGGACCCCAUCGUGAUCUUGGGUUUUCUCGUACACAUGAUUUGUUUUUACCUCAUCUUCCUCAACAUGCCGAGUGAUUCAACGCUAAAUCAGACCUCCCCAGAGUCUGCAGCAACCUAUCUCAAUCCAUCCAGUAAAUAUGUUGCCAUCCUGUGUUCAUUUUUACUGGGGUUUGGAGACAGCAGUUUUAAUACACAGAUAUAUUCCAUCCUGGGGUUCAUGUUUCCAGAGGACAGUUCUCCGGCCUUCGCUCUCUUUAAGUUUGUCCAGUCUGUAACAGCGGCCGUGUCGUUCUACUACAGUACUCACCUGCUGUUACAAUGGCAGCUCCUCAUCCUGACAAUCCUUGGAAUACUGGGCACAUGGUGUUUCUGUCUCAUAGAAUGGAGUGCCACUAAGGCAUUCAGGGCCGGCUACCAGUCCAUCGGAUGACAACGACAGGUGGUCAGCAGUCAGGAUCCUACCUGUGCUGCUGACGUAGAAGCUUCCGACGAGGAGGAUGUGAAGACACGGGCACGUGUGGCAAGAGAGGAUAUAACAAGCUAGAAUGAUGGAUGUUGAUGACAGAGAGGUUGAUGAUGAAAAGACUGUGAUCUUAGUGUAGAAAACUUGUGAUAUUAUAUAUAGGCCUUAUGAUUAUUUGAGAUGUACUGAAUACUUCACUGCGGCUUUAAGUUGUAUUUGUACUGCUAUACCUGCCUAGUAAUUUUGUUUGUAAGCCGACGAUCAAAUCUUACCAGUGUUACCCUGUAGCCAAUGAUUAGCCCUUCUGUCUCUCUGAUAUUGCUGACUGACAAAUGUAUCCCUCAACUCCCCAUGGUAACCACCGACUUUUUUUCAUCAGUAAUUAAACUGAUUUUAAAUCUAAAUCAGCACGGCCAAAUGGUAUCAUUAGAUAUGGUACAUGCUUUAUCAAAAACACCAUCACAUAACACAAAGUAUUGUAUACCAAAAAAGUAUUUUUCUUGAUGUAAAUAGUCUUAGUGAAAAACAUUACUAUGCACGUGUAUAUGAAAAACCAUUGUAAUAUGGAAGAUUAAAUUCAAUGUAUAUACUUUUUGUUCAGGUACACAUAUUGUAUCAAUAGGGAGCCAUAUAUGUUCAUUUGACAAAUAUACUGAUUUUUAACCUCUUGAUAUUUGAAGUGUGAUAAGGGAACUUAACAUUGGGACACAAGUGGAAGUUUAGUAUAUAAUUAUGUAACUAUAACUUGGUGGAGAGCUCUAAUUGUGCUUACCAAUAAAAUGCUCCCAUGUACAUUAGUGUAUCAUAAUGUUUGCCUGUGCCCCUAUGUUAAUAUUUAAAAUGUGGGGUUUUGAUUUGAGGGAAAUGAAAUACAUUAUAGAUAUCUUGUUGUUUUUUUGUUUACAUUAUAACAAUUCUGUGUUUUUAGUGAUUAUUUGUUAUUGAUAAUGGGGGAAAACAAAUCAGAAAAAUGUUGUCUGUUUUGUUGUGUACAUGGUGAAAGAAAUGAGAGGUUAUGUUACACCUCAUUGUGAGAGGGAAUAGAGUGAUGUAUUUGGGUGAGAUAUGUGAAGACUUGCCAUUGACCAUAUCUUUCAGUUAUAAUCCCAGGGGGCCAACAGUGCAAACUUUGACUUAUAAGUUUAAUAUGACAUUCAGUGUACGUGUAUUACUCUGCUGGUAUUUUAAAUUGAUGUGUAUUGAAGCACUUAAUUGAUGCGUUGAAGCCAAAACUGCCAAAAUGAUUUUCAACAGAAAUCAGUUUCUAGAAAUUUGAUGUGAUGUUACCGGUAUAUAUUGAUAUAGAUGUUGCCAUUCAUUUGAUAUCUAUAUUAGAACCCUAGUAUUGUAUAUACAGGUGAAUUACACAGGUAAAAAUAAUCAGACAGAGGUGUCUCUAGUAUCAUUAUGAUUUAAUUAAAUGAUAUAAAGAAUAGUAAAUGGCUGUGCCACUUUCCCUGGGUUCAGAUUCUAGGUCUUCCCUAUCCUUUAGGAAAACACUUUGUGAAUGUGUGUUGUAGGGGAGAUAACUUAUGUCAUCUCAGAGGGAAAACAAAAAGUUCAGCAUUGAUUUUUUUCCAUGACGAGUCAUUGUUUAUUAUU